AAAAAAGAUGCGGAAUUAACUUUCCUAUUAAAAUAAAUGUUUUUAAAAUUGAAAUUUAACAGAUUUUUUACAAUCUCUCAAGGACCAAUAAAACGGAGCUCUAGAAUUCUGUAACCGGUUAUUUUACGUGAUCUCUGAAUUGUUUAUAAAAUAAAGAUACUCCUUCGAAAAUAUUCACUGAAACUUACUUGUUUUGCAACAAAGAAAAGAAUAAUAUGAAGAUAUAACACGUACGCUUCAGAUUACUAAGAGCUGUAGUGCUUGGAAAACGGAUCAGACACAUCGAUCUCAUAUGUAUUUCGUUAUCUAAUGCGAGAGAACAAAUUUCUUGAGACAUGUGUUUAAAAAAAUGUCUUGCAUUGACACAAAUCAGUAUUGAUCCGAUCGGCAGUUGGAUCAAUCAGUCGCUGCUGCCCAUCAGUGUCAGGAUUGUUAAUCUUCACUCUUCAUUGCAUUUUUUAGUUUAAAAUCAAUUAAAAAGUAAGAAACAAAUAGAAAAACCUCAAUUUUGACCAACAGCUACAGUAAAUUUUAGGGAAUAUUAUACAGUGAAUAUAAAUAGUUUAUCAGGUUAUAGGCGUCGAAUUUAUUUAGUGUCUUGAUUAAUACAUAUUCUGUAAUAAAUUAAUAUUACAAUUAUGAAGGAAACGAAUAUUCAUAAAGCUGAAAAAUCGCAAGAAAAGAAAAAUGCUGAAAUUUCUGCCAAUAAAUUUCUUCAGUGGAUACACAAAGUCCAAAAUGGUUCUCCUGAUGUGGAAACUGGACAGCCAACUGAAGAUGGAAAAACCUUUAACCCCUUUCUGGAACGAAACGUGGAAAAUCCAACAACAGACGGUGAUACAUUAACACAUUUGCUAAAAGCAAGUCUAGGAACUGGAAUUCUGGCGAUGCCAGUUGCAUUUAAAAACGCUGGACUUUUUAUGGGAAUAAUUGCAACUCUUCUCGUAGCUUUUGUGUGCACUCAUUGUUCUUAUAUUCUCGUGAAAUGUGCUCACGUUUUGUACUUCAGAACGAGAAGAACAGAAAUGGGUUUUGCCGAUGUUGCUGAAGCUGCUUUUGCAACUGGUCCUAAAUGGUCGAAAAAAUUCGCAAAGUCCUUUAGAUAUUUCAUACAAAUUUGCCUCUUCGUAACUUAUUUCGGAGCCUCUAGUGUCUAUGCAGUGAUCAUUACAAAAAAUUUUCAACAAGUUCUGGAAUAUUACACUCAAGCUGAAGUGAACGAGCGACUUUUGAUAGCAUCUUUAUUGUUGCCGAUAAUUCUUUUGUGUUUGAUCCCAAAUUUAAAAUACUUGGCUCCUGUUUCCAUGGUGGCAAAUAUAUUAAUGGGAAUCAGUUUGGGAAUUACUUUUUACUAUUUGGUGAUAAAUCUUCACCCUUUGAGUGAAAUUCCUAAGAUGGCCCCAGUCGGAAAUUUUCCGACGUUUUUCAGUAUCACUAUUUUUGCUAUGGAAGCUAUUGGUGUGAUGAUGCCUCUCGAAAACAGCAUGGAAACUCCACAAAACUUCAUUGGAAUUUUCGGUGUUCUUAACAAAGGAAUGGCUGGAGUUACUAUAAUUUAUAUUCUCCUUGGAUUUUUGGGAUAUUGUGCCUAUCCUGAUAACACAGCUGAUUCGAUUACUUUGAACCUUCCAAUCAAUGAAAUCCCUGCUCAAAUUGUGAAAAUAUUCAUUGGACUCGCUGUCUUCUGCACUUUUAGUCUUCAGUUUUACGUCUGUAUCGAAAUUGGAUGGAAUGCUAUUAAAGAUCGAUUUGAAAAAAAACCAGUCCUUGCAAAUUAUAUAUUGAGAACCAUUCUUGCAACCGGCGCAGUUCUGCUGGCAGUUGCUGUCCCAACUAUUGGGCCAUUUAUAGGACUAAUAGGGGCAUUUUGUUUUUCCAUCCUCGGACUUCUAGUUCCAGUUAUCAUCGAAAUGAUUACUUUUUGGAAUAUUGGUUAUGGACCAGGAAACUGGAUGGUUUGGAAGAAUGUGAUAAUUUGCAUAGUUGGCUUUAUCGCUUUAGUGGUCGGAUCUAAAAGUGCUAUUGCAGAUAUCCUGGCCAUAUAUUCCGGAGGAAAUGCAAUAGUUCAAGAAACAACACUGGAAUCUGUUUUCAAUAAUACUACUGAAGAUCUAUUUGCAACUAUAAGUGCCUAAGUAGUACUUAAUGAUGUACACUAGUUACCUUAAGUUCAAAAAUGAGCAUUGUUAACUGUAACUAAUCUUAGAAGAGAACUGAAGGCAAACUUUAGAGAAAAAAAAUUUCGGGUUAAAAUUUAUGGUUUUUGUUUCUCUUUACGUAAAAUUUACAAUUAUUACUAAAUUCCAAUGUUAUAAGGCCCAUUUUAUUCCUUAAUGGAGCCUCCAAAAAUCUCUUUGAUACGUUUUUGUUUUAAAAAAUUUAUAAAAACAUUUUGUUUAUAAAAUUAUUUAUUGUAUAAUUCCUAAAUAUAAUUUUUAAAUUAAAAAUGUACUAAAAAAAUGUGUAUACAAUCCUACAGAGAAAAUCAUAACAUUCAAAUAUUUCUAAAGUUCACUUUCAGUUCUCUUCAACAAAUAUUUUCAGUUAACAACAUGAAUAUUUUUCUCGGUUUUAUCAAUCAUUUUCAACAAUGCUCAUUUUUUAACUUUAGAAGGCAGCUGCAAUUGAAAAUUAUGAAAUACGAACUGCGAUUUCAUAUCUUUGUGAAUCUGCAAGUCUGGAUUAUUGAGACUAAAAAUAUUAUGGUUGGGAAAAAUAGAUCCGAGAAUCGAAUUGAUCAGUAUUCAAAUUUACUUUUCCCAAGCAGAAAAUGUUAGCAAAUAAUGACGAUGUAAAGAUUUAGAUUUAAAAAUAUUUCGUAUUUUUAAAUCUAUCUUUACUAGAUAAUUAAAUUAUUAUAAGUUUUGUAAAAAUAUUUCUCCAAUUAGGUCUACUUUAAGAUUUUUGGGGAGCCGUAUAUUGUAAAAAUUCUAAAAAGCUUCCUGACUGAAUGAUAAAAUGAACGUGUAGUUACUGAUUUAAAUUAAUGCAUAUAGAUAGAGUGAAAUAAAACGAAUUUGUAUA